AAGUAAACACUUGUUUCCGUCGAAUGUAGCGAUUGCUAACUGCGAAACACCUCUCAAGAAGUAGCAAAAAGCAGAAAUCAAGACUUGAAAAUCGAAUUAUCUCGUUUGAUUAUCUCUGUAUACGGAAUCUCGCGGCUGAGGAUGCAAGGGCCAGGCUCCAAUGGUUUGGCCCAGCUUCAGGCAACCAUGCACUCCGUCGAGCUCGCCUGCACUUCUAUUCAGAUGCAUAUCAAUCCGGCAGCAGCUGAGGCAACACUAUUGUCUCUACGAUCGACUCCACAGCCAUAUCAGGCAUGCCAAUUUAUUCUUGAGAAUUCUCAGGUGCCAAAUGCCAGGUUUCAAGCUGCUGCAGCAAUUCGUGAUGCAGCGAUAAGGGAAUGGGGUUUCCUCAUAGCUGAUGACAAGAGAAGCUUGAUUAGUUUUUGCCUUUGCUUUGUUAUGCAACAUGCUAGCUCACCUGAGGGCUAUGUCCUGGCAAAGGUUUCUUCUGUGGCUGCUCAAUUGAUGAAAAGGGGCUGGCUCGAUUUUACGGCUGUGGAGAAGGAGGCAUUUUUUAAUCAGGUAAACCAGGCAAUUCUUGGCAUUCAUGGGAUAGACGUGCAGUUCAUUGGAGUCAAUUUUCUGGAAUCUUUGGUAUCUGAAUUUUCUCCAUCUACUUCAAGUGCCAUGGGCCUUCCUAGGGAGUUUCAUGAGCAAUGCCGGAGGUCAUUAGAGAUAGACUUUUUAAAGAUGUUCUACAACUGGGCUCAAAAUGCUGCUAUAAGUGUCACAAAUAGGAUAAUUGAAUCCAACUCUGCAGUACCAGAGGUUAAAGUUUGUAAUGCUGCAUUGCGCCUCAUGCUUCAGAUCCUGAACUGGGAUUUUCGGUACAACAACAACAGCACGAAAUCCAGUAUAAAUGUUUUCUCUGCUGUAGCUAGGCAUGAUACUGAUUCACCUAGGGGAUCUGAGUGUACCUUAGUGCAGCCUGGUCCUGCUUGGCGUGAUGUUUUGAUUUCAAGUGGCCAUAUAGGGUGGCUCCUGAGCUUAUAUGCGGCACUUAGACAGAAGUUUUCGGGUGAAGGUUACUGGAUUGACUGCCCUAUUGCAGUCUCUGCUCGUAAAUUAAUUUUGCAAUUCUGCUCAUUGACAGGAACCAUUUUUCUUUCUGAUAAUGGGAAAAUGCAUGAACAUCAUUUGCUGCAGCUGCUCUCAGGGAUGAUAGAUUGGAUUGAUCCUCCUGAUGCAGUUUCAAAAUCGAUUGAAUGUGGAAAAAGUGAAAGUGAGAUGCUCGAUGGUUGUCGUGCAUUGUUGUCCAUUGCAAAUGUAACAACUCCCUUUGUGUUUGACCAACUCUUGAAGUCCAUAAGGCCUUUUGGCGCUCUUACCCUAUUAUCCACCUUAAUGUGUGAGGUCAUUAAAGUCCUUAUGAUGAGUAACACUGAAGAGGAGACAUGGAGCUGGGUGGCCCGUGAUAUCUUGUUGGAUACAUGGACUGCCCUUCUUGUGCCAUUUGAUAGUUCUGGUGGGAAAUCAAUGCUUCCUCCUGAAGGUGUAAAUGCCGCUGGCAAUCUCUUUGCCUUGAUUGUAGAGUCGGAGCUAAAAGCGGCUGUAUCUUCUGCAUUGACCGAUGACGAUGACGAUGACUACCUUCACACUUCGAUCUCUGCCAUGGAUGAAAGGUUAAGCUCAUAUGCUCUUAUUGCGAGAGGAGCAAUUGAUGUCGCAAUUCCUUUGCUCAUGAGGCUUUUUUCUGAACGCUUUGUACGGCUUGAUCAGGGCAGGGGAGUUACUUAUCCAACUGAAAUUUUGGAGGAAGUUUAUUCGCUUUUACUGAUUGCUGGGCAUGUUGUUGCUGAUGAAGGGGAGGGAGAAACACCCUUGGUUCCAUAUGCUAUACAAUCCUACUUUGCAGACAACAUUGAAGCAGACAAGCAUCCCGUUAUUGUACUUUCUAGCUCAAUUAUAAGGUUUGCUGAGAAGAGUUUAGAUGCUGAAUUGAGAGCAUUGGUUUUCAGUCCUCGACUCAUGGAGGCUGUGGUAUGGUUUCUUGCAAGAUGGUCCCAUACAUAUCUUAUGCAUCCUGAAGAAAUUAAAGAGGGUAACUUAGCUCAUGAUCAAGAUCAUCAGCUGCAGUUGCUGCAGACGAGAAAAGGUUUGCUAAAUUUUUUUGGAGAGCGUAUUCAAGGCAGACUUGUGCUUGACAUUAUAGUUCGCAUAUCUAUCACAACACUGAUGUCAUAUCCUGGGGAGAAGGAUUUGCAGGCACUCACCUGUUACCGGCUACUUCAUGCACUUGUUCAGCAUAAACAUAUAUGUGUUCACCUUUUUUCACUGGACUCAUGGCGCAACCUAGCACAUGCUUUUGCUAAUGAAAAAAGUCUACUCUUGUUGAAUACGGCUCAUCAGCGGUCACUUGCACAAACACUUGUUCGCUCCACUUCUGGCUUGAUGAAUUCAGAUGCAUCAAAUCUGUGCAUAAGGGAUCUUGUGGGUCAUAUGGUGACUUGUUUAGGAGAAUUGUCUGGCAAGGAUGACUUCAAAAUUGUUGCUCAACAACCAGAUAUAAUACUCAUGGUCAGUUGCAUGUUGGAACGGCUUCGUGGAGCUGCAAGUGCCUCAGAACCUCGGACACAAAAGGCAAUAUAUGAGUUGGGUUUAUCAGUAAUGAACCCAGUUCUGGUUCUUCUGGAAGUUUACAAACAUGAGUCUGCAGUUGUUUAUCUGCUACUUAAAUUUGUUGUUGCCUGGGUAAACGGACAAAUUGCUUUCCUAGAGGCUCGUGAAACUGCUGUAGUUGUUGACUUCUGCAUGCGUUUGCUUCAGCUGUACUCAUCGCACAAUAUUGGCAAGAUAUCAUUAAGCCUUUCGAGCAGCUUACUAAGUGAGGCAAAGACCGAAAAGUAUAAGGAUUUGCGUGCUCUUCUUCAACUCCUUUCAAGCCUUUGUUCAAAAGAUCUGGUUGAUUUUUCAUCCGAUCCUAUUGAGACACAAGGCACAAAUAUAUCUCAGGUUGUUUAUUUUGGUCUUCACAUAGUUACCCCUCUGAUAUCUUUGGAUCUGCUGAAAUACCCCAAGCUCUGUAAUGAUUUCUUCUCUUUGCUAUCACAUCUCUUAGAGGUCUAUCCUGACACAGUUGCACAACUAAACAGCGAAGCCUUUGCUCAUAUACUUGGCACUCUUGAUUUUGGUCUUCACCAUCAGGAUACCGAAGUAGUUGAUAUGUGUCUAAGAGCUCUGAAAGCUCUUGCUUCUUACCACUAUAAUGAGACAGGCAGUGGUAGAACAGGCUUGGGCUUACAUGCUUCUGGAGUCAUGGAUCAAGGAGGAAAUUUUCAGGAAGGCAUUUUGAGCCGGUUUCUUCAUUCAUUGCUGCAGUUACUCCUUUUUGAGGAUUACAGUCCGGACCUGGUCAGCAGUGCAGCAGAUGCUCUCCUUCCUUUGAUUCUUUGCGAACAAGGCCUAUAUCAGAGGUUAGGCAAAGAGUUGAUAGAAAGGCAGACAAAUCCGACACUCAAAUCAAGGCUGGCAAAUGCAUUGGAGUCUCUAACAAGCACAAAUCAGCUCUCUUCAACCCUGGAUCGUAUUAAUUACCAGAGAUUCAGGAAAAAUCUUAGUAAGUUCUUAAUUGAAGUUCGUGGAUUUCUGCGAACCAUGUGAUAUUUCUUAUUGUAAAAAUAUGGAAUGUGUUUUGUUAUAUUCAUUCUGUGGUUAUCCUAUGAAGUUUUUAUUUUUUUGUUCUUUUGGGUAAUUAGAAAGUUUUUCCCUUUUUAUGAGAAUUCGUCGUGUAAUUUCUGAACAUACAGAGGGCUUGGCAUUUUGAACUUUCCAUUUCUGAAAGUCUUGAAAACAGUUUUGAGAGUUGA